CGACAAAAAGAGAAUCCGGGGCAGAAUAAUACUCCCAAUUCAUAAAUCCGAAAGGGUCGUUGCUAAAUAUCCUCUCACGAAUCGGCGGCGAGGUAACGAAUCUCUGUUGGUUAUCUUCUUCAGCCAAUCAGUUCUAUUUCUAUUCUUCGCUUGCUGUUCAAUUUCUUCCUGAUAGAGAGGUGUUAGAGAACGUUGGCGAUGGUUACCACCCUAGGGCCACCCGUAUCUGAGUUGAGCUUUGAUGGAUCUGAACCCUCGGCUUCAUCACAUAUUAAUAAUACAUCCAGCCGUCCCCGUCCGGAUUGUCACACUUACAAAUUUCGUUCCGGGAAUCCUUUUGGUUUACCUAAGUAUGAAAAGGGAAUGACAACACUUGGUUUUAGCUACAAAAUGGGGGCUAUUAUAGCUGUUGAGCACUCAAACAAAUCAUCAACUUUUCCACCCAAUGUUGUUAACCUGACUUCGCACAUGCUUGCCACAAUUUCUGGAGGGCACGAAAUUUUGCUCGAAAAUCUGCAGAAGAAGUGCCAACAACAUGAACUAGAGGAGGGGAGAAGAACUAAAAUUGCUGAGGCAUUGCAGUGGCUGCGUGAGAUUUUGUGUGCUUACGGGGAGGAAGAUUUGGAAAUAGGAAUGCUCAUAGCCGUGUGGGAUGAAAUGGAUGAAACGGAGCGGGGUGUAUAUCGCAUGAAUGGCAAGGGCGAAUUAUUAACUGAAGGCGAAUCAUUCCUUGCCACUGGAUGUGGUACAGUUGGGGCAGUUUUGGCAUUUGAGUAUGUGAUGAUGCCAUACAUGGACAAGGUGAUAACGACAUCUGAAGCUGCGGACUUGGCAAAAAUAGCAAUUUGCAUCGACUCUUAUACAGCUCCUGAAAGCGGCGAUCGUGUCAGUGUUUACCUCCUGGAUAGUAAUGGCUGUGUGGAGCUCCUUAACGAUGAUAUAAUAGAAUGGCAAGAUCAAAACAUUGAAGCUCCAAGAUGCAAGUACGAAUAUGUUGGACCGUGAUGUUGUUGAAUGGAGAAAGCAGAACACAAGAAUGCACUAGUGAUUGCAAUUUUCUGGUUUUAUGCCGCAAAUAUAUUUGUCUAUGCAAUUCCUGUUAGAUUGGAUUUCUCGAUUAUCUGAGUGCUUUUAGUUUUACACCUACUGACUGACAUGAACAUGAGUACUCGAGUUAGUACAGUUUGUGAGUCUGGCUGGUUUUAAUUCACGGGCCAGCCCAAUACAGGUUUGGGCAUAAUUGGAAAGAUCAAAUCCCGGUCUGAAUCAGGUCGGUGAUGGUUGGGCAAUAACUUGAACAGAACAUC